UCACCAUCUGGUUGUAUGUCUGUACUGAUGUUUUAGAUGACCAGCGGCCGCCAUACACUGAAUCAGAAUGCAGUCGUCAGUCCCACUCAUCAGUGUUCUCUUGUUCAUCUGGAACACGAUUGGCGCAGAAUCUUAUGACUAUGAUGCUCUUGGUUGUUUCGGCACCACAACAGGCAGAGGAAAGAGUAUCAACCUCCAAGGAACGAGAGUAGACGACUUCAGAUCAGCAAUUGACGCCUCAAAUCUUGAUAAGACAGUCGUGCGUCCAUGUUAUGACUUAAUAAAGUACAAUCAUGACGUGUUGUACAUGGGCAUUGUGAACUACAGUGUAUGCUUCAGCUUCAAGAAGGGAAUGCUCAACAGGGAGAUAAUUAAACAGCCAUCCCCUAAGUGCAAGGAUAGGAGAGUGGGCGGUGAGGAUACCAUAUUUCUCUAUAGGAUCAUGGUGCAUGCGAAGAAACCAGAACUAUAAAGAUCAACAAUGUACAAGUCGAGGGCAACGAACAGUGUGGAACAACGAAUGAAACAAAUGUUUACCAACACGAGGUAGCUGACCAGAAGAGGCUGAAUGUGAUGUCAAUAUGAACUUUUGAAAAAAAGAGCCAUGGCGGAGGGAUACCCCGUGGCAAAUAACACCUCCAAGUGUACUGCGGAGAGAUGCUAAUGUGCCGUUACUAGAACUAGAUAAUUUAUGUAGAUUUGUAGAUUUGAUAUCAUAUAACUGACUAAUAUAUCGAUCUACAGACACCGGUUCGUCUGUAGAAUUUUUAGCAAAGAAACCACAUUAGUGCCCUUCUUCUUAAAGGGCACUGAAGGGAUUCCUCGACAUCUAAAGGGAUUCCUCGACAUCUAAAGGGAUCCCUCGACAUCUAAAGGGAUCCCUCGACACCUUUUACUCCACCUCGCUCCUCCCACAAGCAUACAGUAAAAGAAGCCAAGAGACCACAGGUUUAUCUAGUAAAUGUAAGAAGGUAAGAAGAAUGUGAGUUUCCCCUACAGAGUCUUGUUGAUGAGCGACCCUCCCUCCCCCGUAACAAAUAUUGAAGCAUGCAGUCAAUCAGAAUCGUUGAGAAAACCUUGUGGCUGAAUAAAUCAUGCAGGUAUUGGUACGUUUAUCAAUGACU